GAUCUUCGCACGUUAUGAAUGUUUACUCACUUUGUACUACUUGGAAUUUACUCUCUCUCUCUCUCUUCAUAACUCUUAUGCUAAUCAGUCAUCACACUUCUUCUACAGAAGACACAGAGAGACAACCGCCAUCCCCCCCCCCCCCCCUCUCUCGCUCAGCUUCAACACCUUCUCUGUCUGUCUUUCUCACUAGAACCUCUUGUUUUUGGGUGAAAUCUCGCAAUUCUUUCUUCUUACCAUAUUUCGGCUCUUAUUUGUUUAUUUUUUGGAUGAAGAUUAGAAGCUCCGAGUGCAGGUUUUCAUAUAUUUAUGUAGAGCUGUAGCUGCAUACCUAACGACCGGUCAAUAAAGUAAAAGAUCUUUUGCAAAACUGGAAUGAAUUUUUUGAUUCAAGGUGGAGGGCCCACGUGAAAAGUUUCGAUCUUUGUGAGAAUUUCGUUUGAUGAUUUUGCGAUGAAGAAUUUCCAGUGGCUGAAGCAAAUAGCAAACACGCACAGCAAGCUGGAGAGGAGGCUUUCGUUGGGAGAGUACAAGAGAGCGAUUUCAUGGUCGAAAUACUUGGUUUCUUCGGGAGCGGAGAUCAAAGGCGGAGGAGAGGAUGAAUGGAGCGCUGACAUGUCGCAGCUUUACAUAGGCAACAAAUUCGCCUCUGGGAGGCACAGCAGAAUUUACAGAGGCGUUUAUAAGCAGAGAGAUGUGGCGAUUAAGCUGAUUAGUCAGCCUGAAGAAGAUGGAGAUUUGGCUGCAUUUUUGGAGAAGCAGUUCACUUCCGAAGUUGCUCUCUUGUUCAGGUUGAGACACCCCAACAUCAUCUCUUUCAUUGCGGCAUGUAAGAAACCCCCAGUAUUUUGUAUUAUCACAGAGUACUAUCCAGGUGGUUCCCUCAGAAAAUACCUCCAUCAGCAAGGGCCGUAUUCUCUCCCCCUCGACCUUGUGCUAAGGUUGGCGCUUGACAUUGCUCAUGGUAUGCAGUAUCUUCAUGCUCGGGGUAUUCUCCAUCGGGAUCUCAAAUCUGAGAAUCUUCUGCUCGAUGAGGAUAUGUGUGUCAAGGUAGCUGAUUUUGGUAUAUCGUGUUUGGAGACACAAUGUGGCAGUGCCAAAGGGUUCACGGGCACCUACCGUUGGAUGGCUCCGGAGAUGAUCAAGGAGAAACACCACACCAAGAAAGUCGAUGUUUACAGUUUUGGCAUUGUCAUGUGGGAGCUGCUAACUGCGUUGAUACCGUUUGAUGACAUGACUCCGGAACAAGCAGCGUUUGCAGUGUGUCAGAAGAAUGCAAGGCCGCCGCUGCCUUCUACAUGCCCUACAGCGUUUAGCCGUCUCAUCCACCGUUGCUGGUCGAGCAAUCCAGACAAACGGCCGCAUUUUGAUGAGAUUGUGAGCAUACUCGAGAGCUACUCGGAGUCUUUGGGGCGAGACCCGGAAUUCUUUUCCUCGUACGAGCCAUCGGAGGGAUACGCCCUCGCAAGGUGCAUUCCGAAGUGCAUCGUUGCACGUCGAUCCCCGUCGUUAGGGACGUGAGGACCUGUACCGAUCAGGUCUGAUGCUAAAUGCAUUGUAGUAGUUUUCCUCAUGUUAGGGAUGAAUUUGAUGUGUAAUUUGAGGUGCCAUUGAUGCCCUGCAUCAUUUAUGGAAUGUUAUGGAAUUAAGAUAGUUUUGUUCUCUUUGAUAUUCCCCAAAAUGGGGACUUUAAUUCAAGAGAGAAUACUAUUAGGAAAAGGUGGUGUAUCCUUCCGAAAAAUGUCAUUUAUACUUCAAUGCUUGGACUUUUUAACAAGUGCACCCUAAUGUAUGUGAAAUUAGAAAUAAAUACUUAUACUAUUAAUGUGUUACAA